AAACACCUUUACCCUGUUCGUCUUUUAUGUACAUUUUUUUUUGUUGGUGCCUUGAUAAUAGCACGCUCCUCGUUAUAUACAAGUAUGUAUCAGAAAAAUUUUGGGGCUAUACUGAUCGAGGAACGAUACGGGACUGCGGCGAAAUGACAAAAAUGCGGAAUCAAAUGAAAAAAAAGAAACCUUAAGGCUAAAACAUAUCGUAUUUAUUCAUUUUUAAUCUGGUCGCAUAUUGUGAGACCAUCACCUUAAACUUCUACACGUCUAUUCAGAGGAAUAAUGCAUUUUCUCACUUUCUUAUAGUGCAAAUGAUAGCGACUUUGACGUCUAAUGUUGCUUUAUUGUACUCUUAUUUCAUUCGUAUUAUGUUAAUGACGGAAAGCAAAAACGGGAUGACUAAACCUGGUAUUUUAUACACAGCCAACGCGAUGUGUGGCGACGAUGUAGAAGUCUUGGUGAUCUGGCGACUAAAUAGAGUUACAACGUUCUUUAUUAUCAGUUUCUUGACAAGCAUCUUCAUAUGAAUAAUAUAUACAUGUUUAAGGAUAUCAUAUCAAUUUAUACGCAUAAAAAGCAUAAACUUAC